CCGUCCUUGUCGUGGUAAAGACAUAAACAAACGGAUAAGACCGUUUCAGUUUUUCUGUGGACCAAUCCACCGAUGGUUUGUUCGGAAUGGCCACAAUUCACACCCACGCCCUCGUUGGCGCCUAUCUUUUCCUUUCUUCGACCUCUCCUCGCUUAUUCCCCUCCAACUUCACUGCUAAACCCAAGCGAUUCUCGGGAGUGAGGUGCGCGGUGUCAGCACCAAAAUGGCAGAAGAGCCGGCGAUUGGUUUCAAUCUCUCUGCUUUUCUCUCACUUGCUACUUGUACCCAACUAUGCCAUUGCAGGCAACUUUUUCGACAAAUAUGUGAAAAGGAAAAAGCUUGAUCCACUUGAGGUUUAUGUGCCUGCUGUUAUAUUGACUCAGUUACAGAUUAAGGAUUUGGAGAAAACUCUGGAAGUUGAUAAACCAGAAUAUGCCACCUGCAGAUCCCUACUACGUAUUGGACCAGCUGCAUCUCUACGUGUAAAUAUUCGAGCUGUUGCACAGUAUGCUUCUGAUGCUGGAAAUGGUGAAAAUGCUUUCAAUGACGUUGAUCAAUGUCUCAGAGCGUUGGAGGAACUAGAUUCCUUGCUUUUACAUGCAUCAAGAGAUGACCCAGAAGCCUCAGUAAAAUCAAUGAAGGCAAAGAUUGGUACUGCCCUCAAUGCUCUGGACAGCCUCCUUCAAACUGUUCCAUCCGAUGUGUUAAAUCAAGGAAAGGAAAUUGCUGAUGCCUAUAGAGCCCCUGAAGAAGACAUCAAGCCUCUAGAAUUGGACCCUGAAAUGAAGCAAUUGGAAUCGCUCUUAUGAAUCCGUAUAUGCUCUGCUCUAUAAUUUUCUCACACUAAACCUGAUACUGAUGUUCUGUCCUUGUAAUCUCUAUAAUUUUCUCAAAUUUAAUGCCAGAUACUAAAUGAAUUUCUAUGGGGGUCAAAACUAAAACUUGUUACAGUAUGCUACCAGAAUGUAAUUUUAGGAUUUCAAUGGCCCCAUCAUGUGGAAUCAUGUGGGUCCCAAUAAUUCCGAUCAACGGUCAAGAAAAGAUAUGGAAAAGAUCUGGGCGGUUCAUCAAUGCUUGUGAUCCUUGCUCUUCCUAAAUGGCCGACCGCUUGCCACCCCAUUCCAAAAAUGCGAAGAUACACAUUAGACCAAGGAUCACAAUGAGACUUUAUGUGAUUUAGUGGACUAAUUCAACAUUUUUCUAUUGUUUUACUUAUUUUUAUUGGCCUAUUUAAGCAAUUGUAUUUCUAUAUAAACAUAUGCUUGU